AUGCCUCGUGCAAAAUGCCUAAAAUGCGAUUUGUCUUUAACUGAAGAGGAUAAGGUAAUAAAUUACGAUAGCUGUAGAGAUCCUUUUCAUCUGAAAGAAUGUUCUGGUCUCUGUGCCAGCGAAGUAAGGGCUAUUGUACUCCAAAAACGUGUACUAAUUUUUUUCUGUGAUGAGUGCGUAUCCUCCUUUAAAAUAAUUCCCUUGUUGCUCAACAAGAUUAGUAAGUUAGAAAACGAAGUGAAAACCCUGAAGGAAGAUAUGAAAAAACUUAAUGAAGUAACGAAACUCGAUACUCAAGAAGUUUUCAACGAAUUUCAAGAGCGCUCAUUGCGUGCCUCAAAUGUUAUGUUGUACAAUGUUCCUGAACCUGUUUCUACCACGCUGAAUGAUAAAAUUGCAGAGGAUAAAGUUAAAGUUGCUAGAGUUUUGAAUAGUGUUGGUAUUGGCGAGGCAGAAAUUGUUAAAGUACUGCGGGAAAAAUUGGAAACAAACCUAGGAUAA